AGCAUUUACCUUUUCUGUUUGAUCUCCUUUCUAGGAUUAAUGAUGUCAUCGUCAGUGGACCUCUGAACAUCACCAAUCACAUGACUACCCAGGGGGAGUUUGUCAUCCGGUGGACACCCAUCCGGGACAAUCUGGGGGAGUAUUUCCCCAUUUGCUUCAUCGCUGAGGGGCUUUCUGGAUCUAGUGUCUAUCAGUCUGAGAUGAGAUGUGUUGUGGUGGAGGUCGGACGCAGAAAGGUCAAAGCCAAGGUGGUGUGUGACGAGACCAAGAUGACGGUCGAAGUGGAGAAGUCCUCUGUUACUGAAAUUCACGAGGACCACCUCCGCCUCAACGAUCCCAGUAACUCUGCCUGCGACCUGCAACGCCUCUCUAACAGCACCCACAUCAUUGGAGUCAUCCCCCUCAAUGCCUGUGGCACUCAGAUAGAGGAGGACGACGACAACCUCAUCUUCAAGAACCAAAUCACCACCUUCGACAACCCCAGCGACAUCAUCACCAGGCACCACCAGGUGGAGUUCCAGUUCUACUGCCAGUACGCCAAACGUGGCAACGUGUCCCUGGGCUUCACUGCACACAGAGACAGCAUCACGGUGGUGGAGAAAGGCUUCGGCACGUUCACCUACCAGUUUGAGUUCUACCAGACCAGCCGGUUCGCCAACAUGGUGGAUCCCCGUGACUACCCAUUAGACGUGGAGGUGAAGCAGAUGAUCUACAUGGACAUCGAGGCCGUGUCCACUGUGAACAACACUGAGCUCUUCGUGGAGUCCUGCAGAGCGGCGCCGUACGACAACCCCGACUACCAUCCCACCUACCCCAUCAUAGAAAACGGGUGCAUUGUGGACGAGACGGUUCAAAUCUUCUCACCGCGUAACCAGAGGCAUUUCCAGUUCGGAAUGGAAGCUUUCAAAUUCAUCGGAAUGCAUGACCAGGUGUACAUCAGCUGUUCAGUGAUCCUGUGUGAGGCUGGGAACCCCAACACCCGGUGUGCCCAGGGUUGUGUCAACUCCACCUCCCCCCAGCCUGCUGGUCACCACCACCACCGCAAGAGAGAGGCCGCCAUGCAAACGGCCAAACACCACAUCUCCCAGGGUCCUUUGCGCCUGAGAAAGAGUUCAGAGAGCUCAG